CACCAAGGUUGCAACAAUUGCGAACACGAAACCACAUCUUCCCAUCCACCACAGUAGCGGAGCCGAUCACUCUCAAGAGCUAGCCAGCAUACGGUCGGACCGAGGUAUCAGGUUCUGGUCGGCUCGGAGACUGUGCCCUAGUGUUCUUCGUGUUUGUUGAUGCUAUUGUGCAUCCUGGGGAGGGUUCCCUUGGAUCUUCUGUUUGUUUUGGCCGACGGAGGGUCUCAUGUUCUUGAAGGAUGUUCUUCUGGUCUAGGUCCGCCUGUAAGCGGACGCGGGGACGGCGUCUAGACCGCUGCGUAUGCCAGACAUACAAAGCAAACGGGAGGCUUGCGCCACCCUGGUCUGAGUAUUUGCUAGGGCCACUCUGCAUCUGGCGGGUGAAUUGCCAGGGCGAUGCCAUAUAUCAAACCACGCCGCCUUCCGAUCUCGUCGCGGCGGAGAAUGAUGAGUAGAGGUCGUGACACAUAUGGAUCUUGCAGGGACAGGUUAUUUUUCACUCAUUCACCUGGUGGACAAGGAAAAGCACGCCUUUCGUUAAGAAUCCCCGUCGCAUUGUGAGACGCCGGGGCAAUGUGACAGGAUUCUCUUCGAAGGUCCAGUGUUUCGCGCCCUUGUCCGGUCGUGUUGUUACUUCGGAUGCAGUGGGGAGGAGUUGACGAGACGGGUAUUGACAGCGACUCUGAAAUCAUUGCAGCGGGCUGGAAUGGGUCGCGUUGUUGUGGUCUCUGUUGUGCCUACGCGCGAACACGAGCCUCAAGGCGUGUCGUUUGGAGACACAGAUGUAGUAUUUGUCACGGUCGACGCGGCGACCACGAAGUCGAGAUUCAUAGACAACAAUUUGCCCCUUGGGGCCAUCUCUGGUCUUCAACAAGCUAUCCAGAAUAAGGAUGUCCAGUGGCUGGGGCAAGAUCCAGGACGGUGGCGCUCUAUAUUUCUAGCAGAGCCAGAUCAGAUUUUGCAUGUCAAGGAAAGCUCGAUCCAUGACCUUGCUCGAAUCGUGGAGUCUGGUUUCGUUCUUUCCCCGCACAGGCUACAACCCGUCCCCCACCCAAGCGACGUUCAUAUUUUGCCGCAUCCUAUUCCAGAGAAUUCAGCGGUUUUCAAAGUGGAGGCGAUUCAAGCCGAUGAUGCGACAUGCUUGGAUGCUGGUCGUCACUCGAAAGUCCGGGAGAAGGGCUGGAAUUGUACAACUUGGUGGUGGCAAUGCGGCUUCGAGGAUGGCAACCAUUCGUUGCUAGACAACUACACAAUGCUGCGCUUGAGCGACGGGAGCGGAGUGACAGUUCUGGCGGCGAGCGAGCAUGGAAGGAAAUGUAUAUUACAGAAGUAGGCAAACGGCAUACUGCUCGCCUAUGUGUGCAGAGGGUGUGAGGAAUGAUGUACCUGUUUGAGGUGCCGUCAUUCGGUUUUUGGCAUCUCGUGGCCGUGGCCACGGCUUGGCGAGGUUCGAUGCGUCCUUCGGGCGCCAACAGCGCUGCUCCCCGGCCUUGUUCGGAUCCUCUGCUCCCACACGAGGCCGUGUGCAGACGUCUGCGGAUUCGUGUUUUUCCUUCGGCCCCCCAAGGAAACAUGCACGCCGACCCCAUCCUCCUGGUGUGCCACAAAGCUCAGGGGCAGAUCAGAGUGAGGGGCCGAACGGACUUGAACUGUCCCCGGGUGCGUGGCGCAAGGGGCGUUCCACACUGCGGACUCUUAAUCUGCAUGCCAGGCUGGCUGCUGGGGAAAGGCGCGGGCCUCUUGCGACCCUCGGGGCGCCUCGAGGCAUGACGACCGAA